AUGGGCGAUCAAUCUGCUCCUCACGAGGCGGGUCCGAAGUAUCCUAACAACCCAGGUAGUUAUGACGAACUCCAUCGGAAGUGCCGUGAUAUAUUCCCGAUGUGCUUCGAAGGUGCCAAGGUUAUGUUGCAAAAAGGAUUAUCACAGAAUUUCCAGGUAAAUCGUUUGACUUUUUUGCUUUUGGCUUUUAGGUAUUUAUGGGAGGAGCCGAGAUUGUUUGCUGCUAUUGAAACUCCAUGAAUUUAUUAUUUGAUACUCCAAUUUAACAUUCUUUUCGUUCUGCAAUUCGUUCAAAUUUUGGCGUGACGGGGUUUAGAUAGAAUCUAAAGCCAGUAUCAAUGUUUUUAGUUAGCUUUCUCUCCCGGGAUUAUACCAAUCUAUUUUUUUCGCUGAAAUGAUCUCCUUUUAUAUUCAGUUAACUUCUUGUCUUCUUAUCUUGCAUUUUUAGGUCUCGCACACACUGAGUAUAUCAAAAGCCAACACUGGUUACCGAUUUGGCGCCACUUAUGUCGGCGACAAAGUGGCAGGGCCUGGUGAGUCGUAUCCUGUCAUAUUGGGUGACACGGACCCACAAGGAAACACUUCGGCCACCGUAUUGCACCAAUUUGGAGACAAGUAUCGAGUCAAACUGCAGAGCCAGGUGCAACAAGGAAAAUUGGCCGCAGCACAAGCUUUUAUUGAACGAAGAGGUGCCAAUUCCUCCCUCGGAUUAACUAUUGUAAACCCCAACUUAGUGGCGAAUAGUGGAAUUCUUGUGGGGCAAGUGCUUCGAAGACUCACCGAGAGGUUGGAUUUGGGCGCCGAAUUAAUUUACCAGAAGGAAAAGGGAAUUCCAGGUAUGAAAAGCUUCUUUUUCUUGAGGUGAAGGAUUUGUAGAUCGCUUGAAACUUAGUUUGUGUUAUUGCUUGAUUUGUCGGACCUAUUUCUUAAUUUAAGGUGGCCAAAUGUCCGUGAUGUCGUACGCAGCUCGUUACACAACACCUUAUUGGACCGCGUCAGCCAAAUUUGGUGAAACUGGCCUCCAUUGCUGCUAUUACCACAAACAGGCUCCAACCCUUCAAUUCGGCGUGGAAUUCGAAUCCAAUUUCCGACUCGGUGAAUCCCUUACUACCUUUGCCUACCAAAUCGACCUCCCUGAAGCGGACAUGACUCUUCGCGCGUCUGCUGACACCAGCUGGACUGUCGGUGCCGUCAUGGAAAAGAAACUUAGCCAACAAUUGCCGUUCUCCCUAGCUCUGAGUGGAAUGCUCAAUCAUGUCAAGAACGAAGGAAAAUUCGGUAUUGGAUUCAUCGUCGGCUAA